CCCAUCAGCAGCUCCGUUUUCUCCCCUCCUCGAUCUUUUUUCCUCCCUUUCUCCCCUUCCGUUUAUUUCUCCUUUUAUUUAUUUUUUUGUUGUUUCGCGGCCCCGUUUUCCUCCGAGGAUCCUCUCCCUCUCCUCCCCGAGCUCCAGCAGUGCACAUCCUGCUCUGCUGUGUGUGCUUACAGCGUCAAAGGGUGGACGUGAUAUUUCAAACAUCAGAUCAGUGCGUUUAUAUAUUGGGUGCCCGGAAAUUUUUCCAAAUAAACACAGCUUGAUUCGACUUGGGUGGGCAGACUUAUCAACAGACUAAUUCUAUAAACAAAUGAAGGAAUAACCCGGAGACCAUUGGCUGGUACCGGCGAGACACGUGGAGUGAGCUCGGAGUUUUGUAGCAAUGAAAUUUUAAUUAAUGUGGGUGGGCUGAGAACACAAACGACUGUUUAUCAGAGACAAUUUAUUUUCCAGUGCUAAGUCAACAUAUAAUAGCAAACUUACAACAAUUAUUUAACUUUUUUCCCCCCCCCUCCUUUUUUUUUUUUUUUUUCUUUUUUUUUUUUUUCUUUUUUUUUUUUUUUCCUUUUUUUUUAAAGCUAUGAAGCGGGGACAGAGGCAGAGCGAGCUUGUUCGGGCUGGGCUGGGAUCUGAGCUCGCACAAACCUCUCCCUGGCAGACUCAUCCCUCCUGGGGGGAAGAGUCGGAGCCCCGAGCCUGCCGGCCAUGAGUCACCUCUACAGCCCCCACCUCUCCCCUAUGGGCUCUCCGUCCAUGCUGUACCUUCCUGCCGCUCUGGGCUUUGCCCCCAGCAGCGCGAUCACCCGGCAGGACCCUCCUCAGAAACCCCCCUACAGCUACAUCGCCCUCAUCGCCAUGGCCAUCAAAGAGGCUCCGGAGCAGAAGGUGACCCUCAGCGGUAUCUAUCAGUUCAUCAUGGACCGCUUCCCUUUUUACCACGACAACAAGCAGGGCUGGCAGAACAGCAUCCGCCACAACCUCUCCCUCAACGAUUGCUUCGUCAAAGUGCCCCGGGAGAAGGGUCGGCCGGGGAAAGGCAGUUACUGGACCCUGGAUCCGCGCUGCUUGGACAUGUUCGAGAACGGUAACUAUCGCCGGAGGAAGAGGAAGCCCAAAGCUUCGGGGCCGCCGGAGGUUCGCAGCGGUUCGGCUCCUCCCGACGGCGGCCGCCCCGACGAACCCAAGCGGGCCAAAGGGAGCGAGACGGAGCAGAGCCCGGCGGGGGAUUCGGCCGAUGAGGGGGUUGCGAAGCCGGCAGCGGGGCGGGAGGGAGGAGAUGCUGUCCCCGGGUGCCUGGAUCGAGGCGGUGCCGCCGCUCCCCGACCCCCCGACGGCCCGGGGGGUCCGCCCGCCGCCGGUGCUGGGCACAAGAGGGGCCGGAGCUUCAGCAUCGAGAGCAUCCUAGCCCAGGGGCUGCGGCAGAACCCCCCCGGGGCCGUCCCCAAGUCCCGGGAGAGCCCCGUCGGUUCGCUGGUGGCCAGCGGAGGCUUCGGUUCGGCCCUCAAUGCUUCCCUCAUGCUAGACUCCCAGGUGCACGGGAGGCUCUACCACAUCGGCAUUCCUUUCCUCUCCUGCUUCCCUUUCCACUUCUCUGAGGCGGUAUUUAAUUUCCAGUAGUUGCCCCCAUUAUGAUUUGUGUCCUCACCCCCCCCCCCCCCCUCCCCGUUCUGCUCGCUGAGAAGGGAGAACCCGGACUCGGACCUCACCACGCGGGUAGGGACCUAAAAGCAAUGCUAAAGGUUACUCAGGAUUUCAGGGCGUUCUCAAGGCACCUCUCACUGCAAAGCUCUCUUUUGUCAUUGCCUCAUCCUCUGCCACAUCAACUGAAAGGUAAACCGGAUUUUUCUCACAUCACAGAGAGGGGCAGCUGAAGGGGGAGGGGGGGGGGGGGUCAUGCUGGCCUCUAAGCCCUGCUAGGUUUGCUCUGCAGCUUUAACCUUUGCAUCCAGCAAGAUCCUCAGCUCCGCUUUCUGCAAAGUCCUUCCGCUCUCCAGUUUUCUUUAAUUUUUCCUUUUGGAAACCAAACCUGUCCUUCUUCUCUCUUGCAAAAGAGACUGAGACUUGUUUUCCUGUUCAUAUUCUGCUUGAGAUCAGCCCAGUCCUCCAAGAAGGGGAACCAGAGCUGGAACAGGGGCAAACAAAAGAACUCAGGCUCAUCCUUCACAGCUCUGCUUGCUUUGACUCAGCACUGUACAGAAUUCAAGCUGGUUCCCUGCCCAUCACUGUCCUUCUCAAGUACUGCCACAGCGCUUCCGCCUCUCUGUUGUGACUGUGGAGAGAGGGAUGGCUGAGCAAACAUGUCUGGAAGAAGAAGUGCUUUCCACGUGUUGCUGGGAUCAGUUGCUUCUGACCAAAAAAGACUGGGCUGCCGAGGCUGAUUUUGGCAUUUUGGAGUGUUAACAACCCAGAAAUGAAACAGAGAACAACAACCAAAACAAAACCAACAAACAGAAAACAAAAGACUUCAGCUGCGUUUCUCAAAGUUUUCAUAUAUAUUUUUUUCUUCAAGAGGGAAAAAUCAAGGCUCCUUAGAAGCAAGCAGGAAUAUUUCUUUCUGUUUUUAUUUUUAUUUUUCCCAUAAUAGAGGCUUUUUGUAUAUUAAUGGAUAAAUGCCCUUUUGGAAGAAAAAAAAAUAAUCUAUAUUCUCUUUUUUUUUUUUUUUUCAUUAUGAAAAUAUCCAAUAAAAGUAUUUUG